AUGUGGAAGGACUCUAGCAAUGAUGAUGCCAGGCCUGCAGCCUCCAGCGGCGGCUCCUCUCGCAGCACCAGCCGCAGGAAGAGGACCAGCUUCUCCAAGGAACACGUGGAGCUCCUACGUGCCACCUUCGAAACCGACCCGUACCCUGGCAUCAGCCUCCGGGAGAACCUCUCCCAGACCACAGGCCUGCCGGAGUCUCGCAUCCAGGUGUGGUUCCAGAACAGAAGAGCUCGCACCCUGAAGUGCAAAGGUGCCAAGAAAGCGCUGUGGCAGUCUGACUCCCCAGAUCAGGACGCUCUCACUCUGCCUCAUGUUGUUGGCAACAGGGGGCCGCAGGUGGGCCCCAUCCCUCUGCCACCUCAGGGACCCCCACCCGCCUACCCCACCCAGGUGAAGGAGGAGAUGGAUGAAGCCUGCUACUACCAACAGUGUCCUCCUGCGUACCCCACCAUCGAGGAGCAUGGACAUUACGGCUCCAUGCCUGGGCUCCAGCAGGGCAGCCUGCUGGACAGCGGCUCAAGCCCACACAUGAGGGGCUACUGGCCCCAGCCGGGCAGCCGCACCCCCCCUGCGCAGCCGCUGUGGUGCCACUCUCCACUGGAGAUGAGGAAGUACAGCCCAAGCUCCAGCCAGGCAGCAGCCUUCAUGUACCCGGGAUCAGCCGAUCAGCAGACGUACAUGACCUUUUCCAACUCCCACUCCUCCACCCCAGACACCCCCGACUCUGGAUACUGGGAUGUCGGUGUGGAGAACAGCUCGCCGCUGGACGGCCAGUACUCGCAGCUGGAGGAUUCGUGGAGCGGGAAUGUUGUGGAAGGCUGCGGGGAGUCCAGACAUCCAGGGCUGGCCCAGCUCUUCCCCCUGCCUGAACUUUCUCUGCAGGAGAUUCUGGGCGAGUUGGACGAGGACUGGCUGGGAGGAGGUGGACUGCGUAGCCAUACCACUGCGGAGGAAGUGGCUUUCUGCUGAUGCCUCUCUUGUCAAGAUUUACAAUGGACACUGAGAAAUCCUGUGUAUUAUUUUGAUUUCAGUCAUUCGUGAUAUGUAGAUAGAUAUGUAAAGCUCUGCCGAAAUACUGGACCCAUAUCUUCAAAAUUCUACAAUCCUGCAUGAUGUUUCAUUUAUUCUACACUGACCGCAGUUUGUUUUACCUAA